AUGGGUUCCCAGUCGCCUACAGCCAGUAUGCUUGAAUCCCUCCAGCAGUCUCUAUCGAGUGCAGCCUCGGCCCUCCCGACGUCGAUUUCCACCGAAGACGGGACCACAGGCGCAUCGAUUCUACCACCGGUCGACGGCAUCUCGUUACUGGACACGAAAAGCGAAAUUCUUCUAUCCUACUUACAAAACCUGGCAUGCCUAAUCUUGCUCCAAGUACGGCAGCUAUCGUCGUCUCAAGUUAACCCGCCGUCAGCCGUAAACGGGGCGGAGCGCAAAGCUGACGCCCACCAGAAGGACGUGAUCAAGAAGUUGACCGAACUUCGAGUAUACCUUGAGCGUGGUGUCAGGCCAUUAGAAGGACGACUGAAGUAUCAGAUCGACAAGGUUCUGAAGGCCGCGGGAGAUGCUGAAAGGACAAAACCGCAACCCAGCCAGGAACGCAAUAAACAAAAGGCCACAAAGAAACAACCCAACCUAGAUACGGAUGGCGCUGAUUCUGAGCCUGAUACAGCGACGGAUAACGGAAGUGACCCGGGUGAUAGCGGAGAGGACGAAGAAGAGGUCGAUGAGUUGACAUAUCGACCAAAUGUGGCCGCGUUCUCCCGUGCUGCAGAAGCCCAGGAACAGAAAGCAGCAGCUCAGAAGAAAGACACGCCUGGAGAUGGAAUUUACCGACCACCGAGAAUAAAACCUACAGCGCUACUAGAACACAAGCCUAGCCGGCGAGCUGAGCGCGAAGCCCAGCGUUCUAAGAAGUCUAAAGCCAUUGACGAAUUUGUUAGUGCAGAAAUGUCCGCUGCCCCCAUGGCCGAGCCGAGUAUAGGUAGCACCAUCCGCGCGGGCGGCAGACAUGUCAGCACCCGGCAGGAUAGGGCGAAGGAGGAAGAGCGCAGGACGUACGAGGAGACCAAUCUCCUUCGAUUGCCGAAAGAGAGCAAAAAAGAUCGAGCGAAAAGGGGAGGCAACCGACGUGGAGGGUAUGGCGGAGAGGAAUGGCAGGGACUUGGUGAAGGGGUUGAUCGAAUCCAUCGGCUCACACAGAGGAAAAAGGAUAGUGGCAGUGCGCUGCAGCGAAGCCGGAAGAGGGCAACCGAGGAUGGCCCACGAGGUGAUGGCUUGAAUAUCGGCGAAAGGUUUGAGAAACGGCAAAAGACAAUCGCAAGUUGGAAGCGAUAG